AUGCCAAGACGUGAAGCAAUUCGGACGUUACUAAAUCUGCAAGAUCCAACUAAUUCUACCAAACUUGGUGCUUGUCUUCCUACUCCUCCUCCCACUGAUUGUAGUGACAGUUGUAGUGGUAAUUGUGGUUGUAAUUGUGUUGGUCCUCCUGGUUGUGUUGAUGAAGAUCUCAUAUAUAUAAAUGAACGUUUACAAUUAAAAGUACAUAUGAAUCGUGAAGAUGCAUUAAAUUCAAUUAUCGAAUUAGAAAAUUAUUAUACGGGACUCAAAAAUAAUUUACAUGGUUCACCAUCAGAAAUGGUUGAUGAAGCCUGGCAUGCACAUAUAUUAAAUACGCCAAUGUACUUUCGUUUUUCUACAGCAGAAUUUGGUUCAUAUCUGCAUCAUAUACCAUUUUGGUCUGGUAAUAGAAAACAGACAGGCCAACUGAAUGAUGAUAUAUCAAUGCUUGAAAAAUUAAAAAAAUUGGGCAUUCAAAAUAUAAAUGAAACUGUCUGGACAUAUCGAUCGAAAAAAAUGAAGAACUAG